CGCAGUUCGCACGCUUUAGUGCGUCGCCGAGCUCCGAAGCGUAGAGAUGGGGAACGGUUCCGUAGUUUUUGCCGCCGCCGGGCUGCUGCUCCUCCUCCUCCCGCCAUCGCAGCAACAAGCGGCAACGGGAAACAUUGGUUCACAGUGGCGAGACGAUGAGGUCCAUUUCAACCGCACCCUGGACUCCAUUUUGGUGCCACGCGUCGUCGGCAGUCGCGGACAUCAGCAGGUGCGCGAGUACCUGGUGCAAUCGCUGAACGGCCUUGGCUUCCAAACGGAAGUGGAUGAGUUCAAGCAGAGAGUGCCAGUUUUCGGAGAGCUCACCUUCGCCAAUGUUGUGGGCACGCUCAAUCCGCAAGCUCAGAACUUCCUCGCUCUGGCCUGCCACUACGACAGCAAGUACUUUCCCAAUGAUCCCGGAUUCGUGGGCGCCACCGACUCCGCCGUACCUUGUGCCAUUCUGCUGAACACCGCCAAGACAUUGAGCGCGUAUCUGCAGAAAGAGUUUCGCAAUCGCAACGAUGUGGGACUUAUGCUCAUAUUCUUCGAUGGCGAGGAGGCUUUCAAGGAGUGGACCGAUGCGGACUCCGUUUAUGGCUCCAAGCAUCUGGCCGCGAAGUUGGCCAGCAAACGCAGUGGUUCCCAGACCAGCAGCCCAGGCCAACUAGCUCCACGGAAUAUAGACAGAAUUGAAGUGCUGGUGCUGCUGGAUCUCAUUGGGGCGCGGAAUCCCAAGUUCUCCAGUUUUUACGAGAACACCGACGGACUGCACUCCAGUCUUGUGCAGAUUGAGAAAUCUCUGCGCACUGCCGGCCAGCUGGAGGGCAAUAACAAUAUGUUUCUGAGUCGUGUCAGCGGUGGUCUAGUCGAUGAUGAUCAUCGACCGUUUUUAAGUGAGAAUGUUCCUGUGCUACAUUUGGUAGCCACUCCUUUCCCAGACGUCUGGCACACGCCUCGCGACAAUGCCGCCAAUCUUCACUGGCCUUCCAUACGCAAUUUUAACCGCGUUUUCCGUAAUUUCGUUUAUCAAUACCUUAAGCGGCACACGUCACCAGUGAAUUUGCGUUUUUACCGAACAUAGUUUAUGUUUUGUCUUAUGGCUAAGAUUUAUUAAGCAUAAGUGUAAAGUGUUUUUCGUUAAUUAAAAUGUCCUAAGGCAUGUGAAA